AUGAAUGCUCCCAAGAUGGACGGGCAAGCUGAGCUGGAGAGAGCAGAUCCUGGGCUGCAGAUUCCCAUGCUCAUCCAGAGACAAGCUCCAUCUCAGAAAGGCCUUCGAGAGAUGGCAAAGGCCAAACUAAGAAGGAACUGCUCCCUGACCCCUGCCAGGCUGAAGGAUGCUGUUCUGGGCUUCUUCCCUGUGAUAGGCUGGCUUCCUAAGUACCGCUUUAGAGAAUACAUCAUGGGUGACAUCAUGUCUGGCCUCGUCAUCGGAGUCAUCUUGGUCCCUCAAGCCAUUGCCUACUCCCUGCUUGCAGGCCUAAAGCCCAUCUACAGCCUCUACACGUCCUUCUUCGCCAAUAUCAUCUAUUUCCUAAUGGGCACCUCCCGGCACGUGUCUGUGGGCAUCUUCAGCCUGCUCAGCCUCAUGGUGGGCCAAGUGGUAGACAAAGAAUUACAGCUGGCUGGGUUUGACCUGAAUGAGGACAUCUCCCAAGCCAGCAGAAAUGGCAGUAACAAGACCUUCCCAGAGUCUGACUUGGAUCUGGGGGGCAUGGGUCCAGAAUGUGGCAAGGAAUGUUACGCCAUCAGCAUUGCUACGGCCUUGACCUUCCUGGCGGGGGUCUAUCAGGUUCUCAUGGGACUUUUUCGCCUUGGUUUUGUCUCCACGUACCUCUCACAACCUCUUUUGGAUGGGUUUGCAACGGGGGCUUCCUUAACAAUCUUAACCUCCCAAGUCAAAUACCUCUUUGGAAUAAAGAUCCCCCGUCACCAGGGAUAUGGCAUGUUCCUCGCCACAUGGGUGAACAUGAUUCGCAAUAUCACCCAGGCAAAUGUUUGCGAUGUCAUCACCAGCGCUAUCUGCUUAACGGUGCUGGUGACAGCCAAGGAGCUAGCAGACAGGUAUAAGAAAAAGAUGAAGAUUCCUCUCCCCACAGAGCUGGUUGUCAUCGUCACAGCCACCCUGGUAUCCCACUUUGGGAAUCUCCAUGAGCGCUACGGCUCCAGCAUCUCUGGGGACAUUCCCACUGGGUUCAUUCCCCCCAAGGUGCCCAACUUUGGGCUGAUGCACCGUGUAGCGCUAGAUGCCAUUCCCGUAGCCAUCAUUGGAUUUGCCUUCACGGUCUCACUGUCAGAGAUGUUUGCCAAGAAUUAUGGCUACACCAUCAAGGCCAACCAAGAGAUGUUUGCGAUUGGCUUCUGCAACAUAAUCCCAUCCUUCUUUCACUCCUUCACCACCAGUGCAGCUUUGGCUAAAAGCCUAGUCAAGACCUCCACAGGGUGCCACACCCAAGUGUCCAGUGUGGUCAGUGCCACUGUGGUAUUAUUGGUGCUACUGUUCCUGGCUCCAUUGUUCUACUCCUUACAGAAAUCCGUCCUGGCCUGCAUCAUCAUCGUCAGCUUGAAGGGGGCUCUGUGGAAGUUCAGAGAUGUGCCCAGGCAGUACCGGGUGAACAAAAUGGAUGCCCUGAUAUGGUGCGUCACCAUGGCCUCUUGUGCCCUCAUCAGCACUGAAAUUGGGCUCCUGGUCGGUGUCCUUUUCUCCAUGCUCUGUGUCGUGGGCCGCACGCAGCAUCCACGUGUGGCCUUGCUGGGCCAAAUUGAGAACACCAUUUUCUACGAAGACAGCAAACGAUAUGAAAACCUUCUCCCUGUCCCCAAGAUCAAGAUAUUUCGGUUUGAGGCCCCCCUCUACUAUGCAAACAAGGACUUCUUCCUAAAAUCCCUCUACAAGAUGACAGGCCUAGACCCUGCAUUAGAAGCAGCAAAGAGGAAAAAGUGUGAGAGGGGGAAGCCUACGGUGGACGGGAGGCAUGUUGAAAAGGGAGUCCUUAGAGAAUUGGGCCAAGCUGAUACCACCUGUCACCUGGUUCCUAAACAAAGUGAAUUUCACACCAUCAUCAUCGACUGCUCCUCAGUGCUAUUCCUAGACACUGCUGGCAUUAGCACACUUAAAAAUGUACAGAAAGAGUACAGGGCCAUGAACAUUGACAUCCUCCUCGCCGGCUGCAACACAUCUGUGACAGAUUCUCUGAAGAGAGGGGGCUUCUUUGGUAAUGAAGACCCAAGCAUGAAGGAAUUACUGUUCUACAGCGUGCACGGGGCGGUGCAGUUUGUCCGGGCCAGGGAGCAAAUGAUGGACUCCACUGUCUAG